AAACAUAUCCUGAACUCGAUUCGAUACUUACAGGCGAAGUACAUUUUCGACGUGUCACCACUCACAGAAUGUGACAAUGGAGAACCCUAUAUCGCUAUGGAUAUGAGCAAUUUCAAUAUAGUGAAUCAAGAAGAUGGUGGCCUAUUCUACAACGGCAGUAUUACUUAUCGGGAAGCUUAUCGUUCACCCUGGAAGAUCAAACUCUCGUCAAAACAUCUGCAACGUGGAACUUGGCAGCCGGGGAUAGUUAAUAAGGAAAUGGACGACUUUUGCACUGCUAUAAGGAAUCCCAUGGAGCGCUUUUUGUACAAAACUUACGAAAAGUUGGAAAAGCACUGUCCAUUUGAAGCAGGAUACCAACAAAACAUUGACAUGUUGAGUAUUGGAUCAUUUGGGGUUAUUAUUCCACCUUCGUUUGCCGGAGACUGGAAAUUCUAUGUGAAUAUGUGGGUUCCACGCGACGGCCGGCUAGACCAUGAAUGUUUCAUCUUUCCGGCUACCGUGUAUGAAGUUUGA